AAUCAGUGACGAUCGUGUGCGAUCGAUUGUCGCGCUACCUAUGUAGAUAUGUGUUUCGCGCGCAUCAGGUAGAUGACGCUUGCGAGCCCGCCACUAAAGUAACAUUAUAAAAUGGCUGUCGUUCGUUCAAAUAAUACGAUUAAAUUUCUCCGUUGAUACUCGUGAACAUCCUAACUGUGUAUCUUUAACUAUGUUUUUAGUUUUAUUUCAUGUAUUUUAUCUUUUUGGAAAGUAUGUAUAUGAUAGUUAUUGUAGGAAAGAAAAGAAAAAUAUGAAAACAUUGCGUACUGUAUCGGAUGAAAUCUAUAACAUGAUAGAUCCCGAUACACUUCGGGAUUACGACGAAAACGAGAAAAUAAAGUUUUCUCCGCCAGCUUACAUCCAAAGAUAUAAUACAGUGAUCGAUAUACUUUGCAGUGAUAAAUACAAUGGCAAGAUACGAAAGAUUGUAGAUUUUGGCUGUGCAAAUCUUAACUUUUUGGUUCACCUAAAACAUAUCUCCGAUGUCGAAGAAAUAUUAUGCGUAGACAUUGAUAGAAGUGUUCUUGAAAAUAACAAAGGCAAAGCCAAACCAUUAAUUUGUGAUUAUAUACAUUUUCGAAAAGGUCCACUUCAGAUACAUGUUUACGAAGGUAGCGUUACAAGCAAUGACAAAAAACUGGAGAAAGCCGAUGCAGUGAUCUGCAUAGAAUUGAUUGAACACUUGUAUCCGGACGCAUUAACGGAUUUUCCGUUUAACAUCUUUGGUUAUAUCAAACCAAAAGUAGCUAUUGUAACAACGCCAAAUGCAGACUUUAAUGAAUUAUUUCCUUAUUUCUCCGGACUCAGGCAUCCAGAUCACAAGUUUGAAUGGACUAGAGAACAAUUUCAAGACUGGGGACAAAAUAUUAUUAUAAGAUAUCCAGAUUAUCAUGUAACAUUCCAUGGCAUUUGUAAUGGGCCAAAAGGUACGGAGCAUUUAGGUGCUUGCACUCAAAUGGCCGUUUUUCAUCGUAAUAGCGAAGAGAACGGUUCAGAAUCGUUAGGUAUUGAUAAUUUAUUUAAGCUCGUAACUUCGCAUAAUUUUCCAUUUAAAAUUGACAAUCGUUCGGACGAACAGAAGAUUUUGGACGAAGUUAUCUAUCAUCUUAACGAAUCUGUAUCUUUUGAUAAUAUGCGAGGAGAAAUGUCGCUUAAAUCUUUAGUAUCGUUAUUGAGUAAAUUUAAUGUUACAAUUGAAUCAUUGAGAACAAUUUUGGAAGAAGCAGGAUGGACCAUAAUUGAUUACAAAGAAGGUCCUGCUACAUUUAUUUCAAAGCAAACAAGUACCGUAGAAGGUAGCUGUUUAGAUGGCCUUGUAAUAUUUGAGGAUUCAGAUGUAUCUUUGGAUUAUUACGAUGGAUAUACAAAUACGGUGGAAUCGAUUGAAGCUUGGCAUUCUGAUAACUGGGACGAAGAACCGAGUGUUAUUAUACCUGAAAAUAAUUCUAUCGUACAAUAUAACAAUAGUUAUUUGUUUGAUGGUGAACAUGAGUCACCAAAUAUUAAUGAUCUUUCUGACAAUAUGAACGUUCAUGAAUCUUCCGUUGAUUUAAUUCCAAGUAAUCCCAUUUUACAAGAUGCUGACGCUGAUGCCGAUGCCGAUACUGAUGAUGCUGAUGAUGCUGAUGAUGCUGAUGAUGCUGAUGAUGAUGAUGAUGAUGAUGAUGAUGAUGAUGAUGAUGAUGAUAAUGUAUCAUCACUUGGAAUUAAUUUUUAUAUGUUAUCCGAUGGUGAUACAGCCAGUAAUUCAAACGUAAACAAUGACAAUAAUAGAUUUAUAGGGCCUAACGAAAGGUUAAAUAGAACAUUAGAUUUUUACCAUUCUACAACAGUAUUAUCCUCUUCGAUGUCGCCUCAACCGCUAUUGGUUCAUUUGGAUCAAUUGAACAGUUCCUAUAGCGAUGAUACAGUUAUAGAUAAAGACGUGCCAUAUUCAUCGUUUUUGAAUAACACUUUUCAUUCGUCAGACACAUUGAGAGAUGAAUUUGUUAAUUUGGAAGAAGCAAGUAAUGGAAAACUUGAGCAAGUAAAUACAGAGGAAAAACAGAUUUAUUAUGAAGAUCAUUUUGUUCUAGAGGAUUGCCCAUCUGCAUCAACGACAAAUCAACCGCAAUACACAAGUUCACCAAGAGUUCUUGGAAAAACUAAAGAACCAAAUUCUAAUCGGAAAUCAUUAAGGCCUGAAAAUAUAAGCAACGGCGAUAUAUCAAAAACUUUACGAUUGGCCGAUAAAAAACCUUUGUCGCCUUCUAAUGGCGUAGUAAGUAUUAGUCAAAUUUCUCUAAAGGAUUUUAAUGAUACUAACGUAUCGGCUACAUCGAGUCUAUCCAGAACUGACAGUUAUAAUGCAAUAACAAAAAGUGAUACAAUCGAAAAGAACCACAUAGUUGAAAAAGAAGUUGCAAUAUUGCCAAGAGAGGAUCAUGUGGAAAAUAUGUCUUUGGAUAAAAUCAAAUGUCUUUACCUCCCGUGUGCCAAAGAAAAUAGUGAUAUUAUAUUACAAUCUAAGGGAACAGAAAAUUUAAAUGAUAUUCAGUCUGAAACAUGUUUAAUAAAGGCCGUUGCCGGAUCUAAGGAUUAUUCAAAAAAUUUCAAUCAAAUUUGUAUAAUAUCUCCAGGUAACAUUGUAGAAAUAAAGCCUCAUAAUUCUCCGGAGCCCUUAGAGACUCCUCCAAAUAGUUGGUCACCAGAAAUUAUAGAUUCUGGCUAUCCAAAUUCUGUAUCAGCACCCGAUAUGACACCGGAAUAUGAUCUACCUAGUAUAGCGCAUGAUAGGAUCGCACCCGAUUUAGAAUCUCCAAGUGUAGCGGAAGCGCCACGGUUUGAAAAUUUAGAACCAGUGGUAAUAGAAAAUGGUGAUCUUGCAAAUAAUAAUAGGGAUGACGAAGGUAAUAAUAUGAUAGCUGUUGCCGAUAACGAUAUCGAAAAUCUUCAACCGUUGAUUAAUGUUUUGGAAAACGAUCUUGAAAAUGAAAAUGACAUUUAUGUCGUUGAAAAUGGUUUUCCUAUAUGGCUAUUGAGAAUAUUAGAAAUGGCUAAUCCAAUAGAUGUUGUUGAUGGACAUAUUUUAAGAGAUCGCAGAGAAUUGAUCCCCUUUGAUCUUAUAGAAGACGACCAAGAAUAUUUGGGCAUAGAUCACGAUGAAGGCUUUGAUAGCAAUUCCUCCGUAGAAGAUAGCGAGCAAAAUAAUGACGAAAUAUCAAGUAAUUUAACGGAAGCAAAUCAUAUUGAUAAUAAUAACGAAGUAAUGCACGACACAGACAGCGAACAAUUUUGAAGAUAUCGUUUCUGUACGUUAUUCUUUUAAUAGUUUCGGAUAUGACAAUGACGAAUGGGUAAUAAGAAAUACGUGAUACUAUCGAGGAAAACAAUCCUGACAUAUCAUCAUUCAUUGCUGCUUAUACAAUUUAUCGAAUUUGAGAUAUAAAAUUAAGGGUAUUAAUAAUUUUCUUACAUUUUUACAUUUCAUUGAUUUUUUUUUUUUUUUUUUUUUUUUUUUUCUUUUU